UGCAGCCCAUCAGGCUCCUCCAUCCAUGGGAUUUUCCAGGCAAGAGUACUGGAGUGGGGUGCCAUCGCCUUCUCCGGUUCUCAUCCUAGCUCAUGGUUAUCAAAGCUUCCUAAGUGGCAGGCACUGUGCUAAGUACUUCACACGAAUCAUCUUUUAUUGUCUUCACAAACAUCUCUGAAUCGGGUGCCAAUACUAUUAUAAUUGCAGAUGAGAAGACUGAGGCUUGUGACUUUUGCAAAAUCACACAGCAAGGAUGUGUCAGUUAGCACUUGAACUCAGGUCUGUUGAAUUCCAAGGUCUCCACUCCUAACUACCAAGUGCUCAUGGAAUUCAGAUGAGAGGAGUCAAUUCAAACUUGAAAUUGAUUCAGAUUUCUAUAUCAUCUGGCUAUCUGUGGGUCCCAUUUACUGCAGAGUCUGCUCAGUGACUCAUCCUUUUUCCUGUCAUCCCUCUGAGGACCGCACUUGUUACAUUUGUUCACACCUUCGGUUCAGCGCUCGGUGGUCUUGGAGCCAUUGCGUCUCUGGUGACUUUAUAAAGAUGAAUUCUGAGGCUUGAUUUUAUGGAAUGCCUUCUGUUUGGGGGAAUUCUCGCCAUCACCCUUUGUGUUGAGCUGUGAAGGGCUGACAAAGCUUGACUUGACGGUGAAUUUCAUCGGAGAGCUGAGCAGUGUUAAAACCCUUCAAGGCAACGUCCACCUGAAGGAGCUCUUCCUCAUGGGAAACCCCUGUGCUGACUUUGACGGCUACAGACAGUUCGUGGUGGCAACUCUUCAGCAGCUAAAGUGGUUGGAUGGUAAAGAAAUCGAGCGUUCAGAAAGGAUUCAGGCAUUACAGAACCUCCCAGUAGUUGAACAGCGUAUCAGAGAGCAGGAGAAAGCUUACUGUCUUAAGCGAGCCAAGGAUAAGGAAGAGGCUCAGAGGAAACUGAAGGAGGAGGAAAACAAAGGCGAGAUGGGGAGAAGUCACACAGGCUCUGGCGGACACUGGCACGCGGACCUCAGUGCUACCCUCCCUUCUUCUGAAGACAGUAAAGACUACAUCCAGGCACCAGAAAUACAAGAAGGGCAAUGCAAGGCAAAGGAAUUAGAUGAGAGAGAAGACGACCUGGAAUUCUGGAAUAAGCCCUCUUUGUACACUCCUGAAUCUAGAUUGGAAACUCUGAGGCAUAUGGAAAAACAACGGAGAGACCAAGAAAGAUUAAGUGAAAAGAAGAAGAAAGUGAAGCCACCCAGGAUGUUGGUCACCGAGGACGGGAGAGCCCUGAACGUGAAUGAACCCAAGCUUGACUUCACUUUGAAAGAUGAUGAAAAGCGUAACCAGAUCGUCCUGGACUUGGCCGUGUAUAGGUAUAUGGACACCUCUUUAAUCGAUGUUGAUGUACAGCCAACUUACGUGCGAGUGAUGGUCAAGGGAAAGCCAUUUCAGCUCGUCCUCCCUGCAGAAGUCAAACCCGACAGCAGUUUUGCUAAAAGAUCUCAGACCACAGGGCACCUGGUCGUCUGCAUGCCCAAGGUGGGCGAAGUAAUCAUAGGCUGUCAGAGAACAUCAAGGCCCGUGAAAAGCACGCCGGACAGCAGCAGAGAGCAGACAAGCAAGAGAAGCCAGCAAAUGGAGAGACUAGAAGUAGACCCCAGCAAGCGUUCCAUCCCUGAUGUGGCCAACAUAGUUCAGGAGAAAAAACACAUGCUCAGAAAAGUUCGCACUGAACCCAAAAUUAUACCAAGUGAGGAAGAUCCCGACUUUGAAGAUAAUCCUGAAGUGCCUCCUUUGAUUUGAAAUCUCAGGCCACACUGCCUGUGACCUGCCAGACCCAGAUUUGCUCCAUACAGAGAGUGUGUAUGUAUGAUUUACGGGGUAGACACAGUUAUUUUCAGUAUUAGUACUCCAAUGCAUUAGCUUCUACUUAGUACAUUAAUAUUCUAAAACCAGUUUACAAUUAAAACGUGUACCUUCAAAAUGCUGUAUAAUUUUUUUGUAAUAAAGCAUUGGUUGGU